AUGUAUGCUUCUACUUCUUUUACUUCACAACAUGUCCAUGAGCUUCUUGUAGAGUCUCACUCAAGAAGGUUACUCUUCCAAAAUCCAAUUGAUCAUCAAUCACUUAAAAUCAACUCUCAUUUCUUUAUAAACAACGACAAUUCAACGGAUACGUCUUUUAGAGCUCGUGAAUUUGAUUCAAAUGUUGUGAUGAUAAUUGCAGUCCUAUUAUGUGUGUUUAUUUGUUUACUUGCAUUAAACUCCAUCAUAAGGUGUGUGUGCGCCUUACAGUUUUCAAACGUAGCCAUCAACAGCAAUGAGUCUUCUUCGAGUUCGAGUAGCAGUACUUCAUCUCAAUUGGCUCAAAAAGGAAUCAAGAAGAAAGCUCUUAAGAAAUUCCUAAAAGUGAGUUAUUCAACUGAGUUGAAACUACCAGGUUUGGAUACGGAGUGUGUGAUAUGUCUCUCGGAGUUUACAAAUGGUGAAAAGGUGCGCGUUUUGCCUAAAUGCAACCAUGGAUUUCAUGUUUGUUGCAUUGACAAAUGGCUAAGGGAACACUCAUCAUGUCCCAAGUGUAGACAGUGCCUUCUUGAAACUUGUCGAAAGAUCGGUGGAUCGCAGGUGCAACCAAUUGUGUUGCCUGUGCCAGAAAUUAUUAUACAGAUCCAACCACUAGAACCUGAAGCUUUGGAAUGUAACUAUAGAGAAAUAUGA